CCAGCAUGUAAACAACAACAACCACGUCAACCGUUCUCUAAAAUAACACUUAAAAUCAAAUUUCUUACUCACUCACAAACCAGAACUGUCAUAAAACUGACUUAAUCAACUGCUUAAAACACACCCUGGUCACCAUGACGUCUCCACCAGAGAAACUAAGAUCUAAUUUGUCAUCAUUUUCGGCUGCUUUGUUAUAUGGCACCUGUUCAGUUGGAAUAGCAUUCGUCAACAAGCUUUUGAUGACAACAUUUCGAUUUGAUUAUCCCGUUUUCAUCAUGGCGGCACAGAUGGGCUUUACAAUUAUAGUACUUGAACUCUUGAGCUUGAUAAAUGUGAUAAAUAUGCCAAAAUUUACUCUUGAAAGAGGGAGAAUGUUCGCACUACCUGCCUUAUUCUAUGGAAUAAAUUCUGUGUUAGCACUCAGUGCAUUAAGUCAUAUGAACCUUGCUCUUUAUGGAGUAAUGAAAAGAUGUGUUCCUUUAGUCACAAUGAUAUUAUCAGUUUUCAUAUUGAAAAAAGGCUGGCCAUCUAAAUUGACAAUAUCAUCAAUACUUGUUCUUACACUUGGGUGUAUUUUCGCAGGAUUUGGUGACUUGACAUUCAGCCCAGUUGGAUAUGCUUGCGGUGCACUGAGUAACAUAGCCCAGUCUCUCUACCUGCUUCUCGUGCAACGAGCAACAAAUGGAAAGUUGUCUAUAGUAGAAUCUCUUCAACUUAACAGCAUCAAUACACUGCCCUUUUUGGCACUAUUUGCCUUAGCAAAUGGAGAAAUAUCACAGAUGCAGAGUUACGAACAAUUUUCAUCCCUGUCAUUUCUACUAGUUUUUUUUCUCACUAUAAGUUUAGGAUGUUUAUUGAACUAUUCUUUAUUUCUAUGUACAAGCAUGACGUCUGCUUUGACUACAAGUGUUGUUGGUGGAAUAAAGGCUCUAGCUCAAACCCUAAUAGGAAUUUUCACGUUUGGAGGUGUAAGUCAUAAUCUUUCUACUCUUGUCGGAAUCUCAAUGAGUGUUUUUGGGGGUCUUGGCUAUAUUUAUGCAAAGUAUCGAGAAAAUGUUGUCAAGAAAUCAGUAGAUUUGAGAAAAAUCAUGAGUUUCUCAACAGCAGAAGAUCUGAAAGUGAUGAAAGAGCCAAACGGAUUUGAUGCUAUAAGAAAUGGCUCUGUCGUUAUUGAAGUUCACAAGCAUGAUAAAUAAUAAGAAGGAUUAAUUUUUGGAGUUAUGGCGAGGGAAUAUGUACUGUGAAGGUUCUGAUUUAGAUAAUAAACUAAAAUUGGGUAGAAGACAGAUUCCUUUUUGAAAAAUAACAUUGUGGUACAGGUCUUUUCCAAGAUCUUUUACCCAAAUAUGGAUGAUUUUGACGAAUAGGCAUGGAUAAGAAUCUGACAAUGAAUACUCUCUAAACCUUACAGUAUUGAUCUUAUACAUUCCACAUGGCAUCAUUGAUUCCAAAGAGAUUAUAUUUUUGAUAAAUUGUUUAUUUAUACAAACGAAAUCCACAGGAAUCAUGUUAUUUUCAUUUUAUUCUCAAAUUUGUGUUAAUUUAGUUUUAAAUAUUUGUAUAAUGUUGGAGGGAUUUAAACAUUGGGGUUCUUUUUGUAGGCUUAUAAUUACGAACAAGUAUUUAAUAAAUUCUACACACAUGACAUUACUAAAUCCAAUUCCGCUAUACUAUGUUAAAGAAAUAAGUGCGUUUGUUGGUCACACUUUAAUGCCUGUUUUAAAAAAUUGUGAGGUGCAACUUUAUGCAAGCAACUGGGAAUACAACCCCACUGAUCAACCGACUACCAUUAUAUCUCUUUUAAUUAACACUUUACAAGGGUUGAAUUUUAAUGUUGAAUAACAUUUAUCACAUAUUUAGGGACUUGCCAUAAGACACGUUUGCUUCAUAAUCCAAAAUAAUCAUGGUGGCUAUUGGUUAUUGCGUUUUGAAUCUUAUUUACUGUAUUUGUCCUGUAUUUUAAUUCUGUUUGUGAUGUGUUAAUAAUCGUUAUCAUUUUAUGAUUUUAUCACUUAUGUUGCUUUUCUGUUUCUGAAUUCAUGCUGUUAUGAUAUAUGAUAUCACGAAUUACAUAUUACUGCAUGCCAUGAUAUGUUUUUGAAAUAUUUUUUUAAAACUAACUUCAAUUAAUUGCACAAUAGUUGCUUGUAUUAUGUUCAUGAUUUUAUGUAAAGAUAAGUUUCUGUGCCUGAGAUUUAUGAAUUGCAAUGUACAUGUAUGUACUGUAUGUUGUGUGGUUAAUCCUUAUUUGGGUGAAUAUAUUUCCAUUGUAUUUAUUUACAUACAUAUACACAUAUCAACAGUUUUAUGGAAUUCAGUAUUGAUUGUUUUUUUUUACAUUUCUCUAGAAUUCAGUAUUAAUUCCUCAAAGAGGUUUUUACAAUUUGUAUAAUCAUUUUUCAUCGUAUUUUAUUUAUUUAAGAUUAAAUCAUUUACAUGUUGUCAAAUGAUAUUUUUUGUUGAAAAUCCCUUGUGCCUUAGUAGAGUACAUGUAGGUUUACAUUCAGUUGAAAACUUUUGCUCAGAGUAGGUGUAUAUGAAGAUAUAAUCUGGUGAUUUAUAAACAGCGCAUUAUUGUCUGUGAUUUUUUAUAUACUUGGGGUCCUGUUUCAUUGAAGGAUCAAAGUUGUAUCUUCAAUAAUCUUAAAUCUGACUAAAUGUCAUAAAUAUUAUGCCAAUUAGUUAUUUUUAUUUCCUCAACUUUGUGUUUAAAUUGAGUAACUGACACAAUUGACAUGUACAAUAUGUAUCAAUAUACCGAACUUAUGACACUAAGAUAAUUUCAAAUAACUACUGUGAAAUAAAUUUAGCCCCUGUA